CCCGGGAAGGCCGCGGAGAGCCCCCCAAUCCCGCGCGGCGGCGGCGGGCGGCGGCGGCGGCGCGACGAUGAGGAUGAUGAAUACAUGGCAAAGUUUUUUUGGCCCCGGCGAGGGGUGUCAGAUUGAGCGCUCUGUGCGCAUGUGCGAAGGUGUCCAAACUGACAAUGCUGGGGAGAUGAAGAUAGUGUGUGGCUGCUUCUGGACUCCAGGAGGAGGAGAGAGAUUCCGCGAGCCGACACCAUGCGAUCCAAGGCGAGGGCGCGGAAGCUAGCCAAGAGUGACGGUGACAUUGUAAAUAGUAUGUACGAGCCGGACCCGGACCUGCUGGCGGGAGAGAGUGCGGAGGAUGAGACUGAGGACAGCAUCAUGUCCCCCAUCCCCAUGGGGCCGGCGUCCCCCUUCCCCACCAGCGAGGACUUCACCCCCAAGGAGGGCUCGCCCUACGAGGCCCCCGUCUACAUCCCCGACGACAUCCCCAUCCCCCCCGACUUCGAACUGCGAGAGUCCUCCAUCCCGGGCGCCGGCCUGGGCAUCUGGGCCAAGAAGCGGCUGGAGGUCGGGGAGCGCGUGGGCCCCUGCCUGGCGGCGCCCCGGGCCGCGCUGAGGGAGGACUUCGGCUGGGAGCAAAUGCUGACCGAGGCGGAGGUGUCGCCGCAGGAGGGCUGCGUCCAAAAGGUCUCCGAAGACCUGGGCGGCGAGAAGUUCUGCGUGGACGCCGGGCAGGCGGGGGCGGGCAGCUGGCUCAAGUACAUCCGUGUGGCCUGCUCCUGCGAUGACCAGAACCUCACCAUGUGUCAGAUCAACGAACAGAUCUACUAUAAAGUCAUCAAGGACAUCGGGCCGGGGGAAGAGCUGCUGCUGCACGUGAAGGAGGGCGCCUACUCGCUGGGGACCGCGCCGCCCGGCCUGGAGGAGGAGCCCACAUUCCGCUGUGACGUGUGUGACGAGCUGUUCCAGUCCAAGCUGGACCUGCGGCGACACAAGAAGUACGCGUGCGGCUCGGUGGGCGCCGCCCUCUACGCGGGCCUGGGCGACGAGCUCAAGGCCAAGGGCCUGGGCGGCGGGGGCGGCGACGGACAGGCCCACGAAUGCAAGGACUGCGAGCGGAUGUUCCCCAACAAAUACAGCCUGGAGCAGCACAUGGUCGUCCACACGGAGGAGAGAGAGUACAAGUGCGACCAGUGUCCCAAGGCCUUCAACUGGAAGUCCAACCUCAUUCGCCACCAGAUGUCCCACGACAGCGGCAAGCGCUUCGAAUGUGAAAACUGUGUGAAGGUGUUCACGGACCCCAGCAACCUGCAGCGGCACAUCCGCUCGCAGCACGUGGGCGCGCGGGCGCACGCCUGCCCCGACUGCGGGAAGACCUUCGCCACGUCCUCCGGCCUCAAGCAGCACAAGCACAUCCACAGCACCGUGAAACCUUUCAUAUGUGAGGUCUGCCACAAGUCCUACACGCAGUUCUCCAACCUGUGCCGCCACAAGCGCAUGCACGCCGACUGCCGCACGCAGAUCAAGUGCAAGGACUGCGGCCAGAUGUUCAGCACUACCUCCUCCCUCAACAAGCACCGGCGCUUCUGCGAGGGCAAGAACCAUUACCCGCCCGGCGGCCUCUUCUCCCCGGGCCUGCCCCUCACCCCCAGCCCCCUGCUGGACAAGGCCAAGCCGCCCCCCAACCUCAACCACGCCGGCCUGGGCUUCAGCGAGUACUUCCCCUCCCGGCCGCACCCGGGGAGCCUGCCCUUCUCGGCGGCGCCGCCGGCCUUCCCCGCACUGACCCCCGGCUUCCCCGGCAUCUUCCCGCCGUCCCUGUACCCCCGGCCGCCUUUGCUACCUCCCACGCCGUUGCUCAAGAGCCCCCUGAACCACACCCAGGACGCCAAGCUGCCCAGCCCCCUGGGGAACCCGGCGCUGCCCCUGGUCGCCGUGGGCAGCAGUGGCCAGGGCGCCACGGGCGCCGCGGGGCCCGAGGAGAAGUUCGAGGGGCACCUGGAGGACACGUACCCCGAGAAGCUCAAGACACGGAGCAGCGACCUGUCGGACGGCAGCGACUUCGAGGACAUCAACACCACGACCGGCACGGACCUGGACACGACCACGGGCACCGGCUCGGACCUGGACAGCGACGCGGAGAGCGACCGCGACAAGGCCAAGGACAAGAGCCAGGCAGCCGAGGGCAAGCCCGGCUUCGGGGGCGGCGCGGCGCCGCCGGGGGCCCCCAACAGCGUGAGCGAGGUGCCCGUCUUCUACGCCCAGCACUCCUUCUUCCCGCCGCCUGACGAGCAGCUGCUGGCGGCGGGCGCCACGGGCGACUCCAUCAAGGCCAUCGCGUCCAUCGCGGAGAAGUACUUCGGGCCCGGCUUCAUGGGCGUCCCCGAGAAGCGGCUGGGCGCGCUGCCCUACCACUCCGUGUUCCCCUUCCAGUUCCUGCCCGACUUCCCCCCCUCCCUCUACCCCCUCGCCGACCGCACCCUCGCCCACAGCCUGCUGGUCAAGGCCGAGCCAAAGUCGCCCCGGGACGCCCUCAAGGGGGGCGGCCCCAGCACCGAGUCCCCCUUUGACCUCACCACCAAACCCAAAGAGGCGCUGCCCGUCCUGCCCGCGCCCAAGGCGGGCCCCGCGGCCGGCGAGGAGCAGCCGCUGGACCUGAGCAUCGGCAGCCGCGCCCGGGCCAGCCUGAACGGCGGGGGCCGGGAGCCGCGCAAGAACCACAUCUACGGGGAGCGCAAGCUGGCGGGCGAUGGGCUGCCCAAGGCCUGCCCGGCCCAGCUGCCCCAGCAGCCCUCCCUGCACUACGCCAAGCCCUCGCCCUUCUUCAUGGACCCCAUCUACAGCAGGGUGGAGAAGCGGAAGGUGCCGGACCCCGUGGGCGUCCUGAAGGAGAAGUUCCUGCGGCCUCCCCCUCUGCUCUUCCACCCCCAGAUGUCGGCCAUUGAGACCAUGACGGAGAAGCUGGAGAGCUUCGCAGCCAUGAAGGCGGACUCCAGCGCCCUGCAGCCCCUGCCCCACCACCCCUUCAACUUCCGCUCCCCGCCCCCCACGCUCUCCGACCCCAUCCUCAGGAAGGGCAAGGAGCGCUACACCUGCAGGUACUGCGGGAAGAUCUUCCCCCGAUCUGCGAACCUCACGCGACACCUGAGGACGCACACCGGGGAGCAGCCGUACAGGUGCAAGUACUGCGACCGGUCCUUCAGCAUCUCCUCCAACCUGCAGCGGCACGUCCGCAACAUCCACAACAAGGAGAAGCCCUUCAAGUGCCACCUGUGCAGCCGCUGCUUCGGGCAGCAGACCAACCUGGACCGGCACCUGAAGAAACACGAGCACGAGCACGCGCCAGUGAGCCAGCACUCCGGGGUCCUCACGAACCACCUGGGGACCAGCACCUCCUCCCCCACCUCUGAGUCGGACACCCACGCACUUUUAGACGAGAAGGAAGACUCCUAUUUCUCUGAAAUCAGAAACUUCAUCGCCAACAGCGAGAUGAGCCAGGUGUCGGCGCGAACAGACACACGGCCAGAGGUCCAGGAGCUGGACGGCACCGCGCCGUGCCCAGGCCUGGCCAGCGGGAAGCCGGAGGACGGCGAGGAGGAGGAGGAGGAGGAGCUGGAGGAGGAGGACGAUGACAGCCUUGCGGGGAAGUCCCAGGACGACAACGUGUCCCCCGCGCCCGAGCCCCAGGGCGCCUACGAGGAUGAGGAGGACGAGGAGCCCCCCGCCUCCCUGGCCGUGGGCUUCGACCACACCCGCAGGUGCGCUGGGCCGCCGGCGGGCGGUCUCUUAGCUUUGGAGCCGAUGCCGACUUUUGGGAAGGGGCUGGACCUGCGCAGAGCAGCUGAGGAAGCGUUUGAAGUUAAAGAUGUGCUUAAUUCCACCCUAGACUCUGAGGCUUUAAAACAGACCCUGUACAGGCAGGCUAAGAACCAGGCGUACGCAAUGAUGCUGUCCGUCUCCGAGGACCCUCCUCUCCGCGCCUCCGCCCAGAGCCCCCUGGAUGCAUGGCUGAGCAUCACAGGACCCACGCCCGAGGCUGGAGCCUUUAACCCCAUCAACCACCUCUGACCGGCCCGGCGGGCUGGGGCUCGCGAGGUGACCUCGGGCCCCACAUCGCGACAGAAAUCCCAGCGAGGCCUCAGGAGCCUGCGCGGCCCGCGGCCAGGGAGACCCUCGCCCCUGCAUCCGACGGCUCCUCGGUGUCUGCCCCUGGUCUCACCCGCUUUCCCAAUGGAAACCCAGAAGCCGAAGUCCCUGAGGUCGUCGGGCCCAUGUCUCUGAGAACCGGUCUCGAGGGCACCAUCAGGACAGCCCGGCGUACGGCCGUGGGCGCGGCGCACGGAACGGCCUGGCAGCACAGCCCGGCGGGCACCGGCGGCACUUCCUCCCGCACUGAAGCCGGGGCCGCUCGGGGCCGGAAGGAGAGGGCAGACCCGGGGUGCCCGGCGGAGGGGAGGCCCACACGAUUUUUAUAGUGAAAAUGACGAGAACAGCCCUUUUGGUAACCUUAUUGACGACAGAGUCUAUUUAAGCAUGUGGUUUUAAUAAUAGACAGUAUUUUUUAAAAAGAAAUUGAAAAAGGACUUGCAGAUUGUUUUGUAAAAGUAAUUUUGCAUCGCUUGGGAACCUGAGCUUAUUGGCAAAGCCACGCCCUCCUGGCCCGCACCGGCUGCGCUCGGCCUCUGUACUGUAGCGAACGGGGAGGUUUUCUGUCCUCGACCCUCUUUGUAAAGCCAACGUAGUUUGGUGGCGGCGGGCGGGCCGGGCACCGGGCCACGCCUGUGAGCCAGUUCAGACUGCAACAAGGAUUCUGAGACGUGUCCCAGGCCGCCCGAGGCUGGGACUGGGACAUGUGCCUGUCAUUGUGUGACAUGUGAUCCGUGCCCGUGGCCCGCAGGCAGCUCCUCCUCAGACCCCCCAAUUAUGUGGGAAGGUUGGAGAGGUGGGCCGGUCAGCUUGCGUUCCUCCCGGUCUGUCCUCGGCCACCGGGCCGGCCCCACCGCUGCUCUUCAGAAGGCAGGCCUGCUGGCCGCCUCCGGUCUGCAGGCCACCUCCUCCGCCCCGUCAGACGGGCGCGGGCAGAAGGCGGGGGCGCCCCUGGCCGCCGUGGGGGACACACCCGCUCCCUGCGCCGGCCACCAGGCCGCCCCGCGUGCUUCUGAGAGCGCAGAUUCAGGAUUCGCUGCCGCACCACUCUCCGCGUGGGUUCCGGCAGGCGGGACCGGCUCCAGAACCGAGGACGUCCAGCCAGAACCUGGGCCUGCAGCAGAGAGCCCAGCCGGCCGGGGCCGCGCCUCCCUCCCGGGGACCAGUCCACUUCCCCACUCAUGGGCUUUAAAUUAUUCCCAUAGGGGCCAAGUUCAAAUAAUAAUUUUUUUCCCUGAUGGAAUUGACCUUAAUCUGUAUAUAACUUGUAAUUUUUUUCUAAUUUGUUUCUUAUUUUAUUUCUUCCUUAACAGUAUUUUUUUGGCAUUAGACAUUCUUAUUGUGAAGAAAUAAUGUUAAUAUAAGUACCCAGUGAAGGACCAAACCGUGUAAUAGGUUGUGUGUUGUGUGACUGAGAGCCAGGGCGUGGGCAGCCUCCACGCCCCGAGUCCCGCGUCCCCGCGAACCCCGCCGCGCGGCUGUCCCUUUCCAGACAAUCAUGUGUUUUUGUUAAAUUUGAGUUGCAUUUGCAUUUACGACAAGUGUUCUAUUUAUUUCUUUUAACGUUUGGCAGAAAAAAGAGUAAUAGUGUCCCAACAUGAGAGAGAGAAGUCGCGAGUCGCCCUGAGAAACGCGGGCGCAGUGAGGGUGACGCACAUCGCACGGUGCCGUGUCCUCCGCUGGCCCGGGGGGCGGGAAGCGUGCACGCCGGUGCCCACACGCCGGUGCCCACACGCCCGCCACAGCGGCCCCGGGCGGAGAGUCAUCCAUGCGGGUGUCGGGGGCCCGGCUUCGCCCCCCAAGACCCUGGUGGGGAGACCCCUGAGAUGCCCCCAGCCCGCGGGUCCCUGGGAAAGGGUGCCCCUUCUCAAGCCCCGCGAGGCAGCAAGACCGAGCGCCGCCCUGGCGUCUGCUGAGAAGAGCUGGCCCGGGCCCGGCACAAGGAUUCGCAAACACAACCGCUUCCACCUCCCACCGGCCCGGCCCCGCUCAGCCAGGGCUGCCCCGUGCGGCUCGGAAUUGCCACCAUCCCUCACCUGGAUGGGGUCCCCAUGAAAAGUCCCCUCAGAAACACCCGUGUCUGUACCCCGAUUACAUGCUUCCUGCUGGAGAAGGCAGUGUGUGCCUACUUUGCGUGGUGGCUGUGGAAGAGGCGGUUUGGAUGGGCGGACACCUGAGUGGUGUCCCCAGCCGUCACAGCGCCACUGUCCACACCGAGGGCCACCCCUGCUGUCCACCCCGAGGGCCACCCUUACUGUCCACCCUGAGGGCCACCCCUGCUGUCCACCCCGAGGGCCACCCCUGCUGUCCUCCCCGAGGGUCACCCUUACUGUCCACCCCGAGGGCCACCCUUACUGUCCACCCUGAGGGCCACCCUUACUGUCCACCCCGAGGGUCACCCUUACUGUCCACCCCGAGGGCCACCCUUACUGUCCACCCUGAGGGCCACCCCUGCUGUCCACCCCGAGGGCCACCCUUACUGUCCACCCCGAGGGCCGCCCCUGCUGUCCACCCCGAGGGCCGCCCCUGCUGUCCACCCCGA